CCCGCGAAGCCCCGCCUACUUUCACUGAGGGAUGAAACAUUCUGGUUUAUCGACCAAUCGAAAACAACCAAGUGAAAAACAUCACACCUGGUAUUCAAUGUAGCGAAAACAGCGGUAUAAGUAUCAGACUUUAUACCAUGUUAUCGAGUUCGUGUUUUAAAUUAUUGUUUAGUAGCAAUUAAUGAUACAAAAUAUACCACUGAAAUACCACACACGAAAUCACAUCGUGCAUUUUCUUAAUUGGACGUUUAUGUGUAGCGAGGGACCCAUGCCUGUGAUUUGACUACAGCAGUCGGGCGACAUUAAAAAGUGACUUAGAACUUAUCAAAAUUUCUCAAUGAUUUUUCAAGGGAGCAAUACGGACAACCUACCCAUGGCGUAUAACCCGUUUUUUCUCCAUCGACCCUCGGAUUACGGUUCCCUAUUGGCCCAGCAACAGUACCUCUCCAACAUAGCACUACAGUCACCCGGGUAUGCAGCUUCCCUCUUCCCAAAGCUUGGUCGCAGUCCCCUCAGUGGGGAUAUGCUACACUCCCUGGGGUCCAGACAUUUGCGAGGAUUGGAACCCCCAGAGACCGAAGUUCACGAUGACCCAAAGGUGGAAUUAGACAGCAAAGACUUAUGGGACCAGUUCCACAAAAUUGGCACAGAAAUGGUUAUAACAAAGUCUGGAAGACGCAUGUUUCCUCCAUUCAAAGUGAGAGUUUCUGGAUUGGAUAAACGAGCAAAAUACAUCCUUCUCAUGGACAUUGUUCCUGUGGAUGAUUGCCGCUAUAAAUUCCACAACGGCCGCUGGGUGGUGGCGGGAAAAGCCGACCCAGAAAUGCCAAAACGAAUGUACAUCCACCCCGACUCCCCCAGCACGGGGGAACAAUGGAUGCAAAAGGUGGUCUCCUUCCACAAACUGAAACUAACCAACAACAUCUCAGACAAGCACGGAUUCACAAUCAUGAAUUCCAUGCACAAGUACCAGACUCGUUUUCAUUUAGUCCGGGCCAAUGACAUUUUGAAACUUCCGUAUUCCGCGUUCCAGACCUUCGUCUUCAAGGAAACAGACUUCUUCGCUGUGACAGCGUACCAAAAUGAAAAGAUUACACAGCUGAAAAUUGACCAUAACCCGUUCGCCAAAGGUUUCCGAGAUACUGGAGCCGGAAAACGGGAGAAAAAUACCAGAAAAGUCAUAACACACAAUGGUCAACCAGCCUUAAUAUCACCUGACAAGUCUCGAACAGAUGACGCUCAAAGCGAUGAUGAAGACAACGAGGAAAUUUGUGUCGAUGAAACAGAUGAUAUGUUGAGCGAUGUGUCGUCUGCUCACCAACUUAAGACCCUAGCAAAUACCGAACAAGAAAAGUCUAAUCCUGCAGACCAAACCACACCGAAAAAAUCAGAAUCUCCCACACAUCCAUCAGACAGGGAAACCCCCACAACCCCUACAGAACCUCUGAAACCCCGCAACAGUCAAAGCGAUAUUUCAUCACCGAAUGCCGAUGAAUUCAAUCGGUCCGACGUCAGUAAUUCUACAUUUAAGAGCAUGAGUGACCAUGAAGCAGACAGUAGCGAUGAAAGCAUCCGCGAUGAUCGUCGUAAGUCGCCAGACUUGUCAUCAAGUGCUUCACCGAUUGAAAGCAUCUGCAAGGAGCCCACGAAACCACCCAAUGUGACUGUGGUUCAGCCCUCUGCCACACACGCCAUGUUCCCCUUCAUGUACCCCUCCAAUGGGCUUUUUUCUGCACCUUCCUCGAUGCCUUUUCCACUGGGACACAUGUUCGGAAACUCCCCAUUUUCUUCUCAGCUUUCAUUCUUCAGUUCUCCGCAAACCGACAUGAACAGUUUACCAACAACACAUCCAUUGUCUCUGUCGCUGAGUUCGCUUUCUCCACACAAUCAGACACUUUUGCAACCGACAUAUUCUACCGGAAGUUCAUUUACCGGAAGUAGUUCUUUCUCCCCUCCACACGCACAAGGAUCUCAGAUUGGACCUAUGUUUACGUCUCGUACUAGUCCUAGAUUUACGCCUUACUCCCUCCCCACCACAAAAACAACCUUGUCCAGUUCUAACUCUCCUGUCACUUCAGCAAACAUAGGACUAGGUUGUGCUCCAGAUUUAAUCUCACCACGUACACAUGGGUACGAUCAUAACUCGUCACAAAAUCGAAGUCCGGUGUCUUUAAACAUUCCUUCUACUUUUAAUACACAAAAUAGAAACAAUGAGCUGCAAAGCAUGGAGAGGAUGUUAACGGGACUAGAUCGCAGCAAAAUGAUGGCGAGUAGUCGCAAUGAAAAUAAACCGUGACAAACUAUACCUUUAAACAAACGGGUGAUAUCAUAAACUUAGCUUUGUGUUACGUCGUACAUGUAUGUUGUAUUAUGAUUUAUACUGAGCAGAAUGAUCAAUAUCUAAUCCCUUUUCUCUAGUCAAUCGUCAUUGAAUAAAUGAGAGUGAUUUUAAUAUAAUUUUGCAUUCUAUAUAUAUCUAGGUAGUUUUGUAUCGGUACGUGUAGAAUUGAUGUAUAUAUAGAUUCGUUACUAGAAACGCAUUGUUAUUGAUCUAUUUUCCCUGUUAACAUUGUACGUAUAUGCAUGUAAAUCGUUACUAUUUUUCAUAUAGUUCUUUCUUCACUUGGCGUAACAAUUUUGCUAAGGUGUAUGAGGGUUCCAUUAAAAUUCAUAUGGGCAUAGUGCAAUAAUUCGUUCUAUUGAAUAUGGAAAAUAAAGCAAAGAAAACAUGUUUAGAAAGUCUUAUGUUUUAACAUAGAAAGGAAUUCGAAUGUUGCUGCUUACAUUUUUAUAUCAAAGAGUGAUGUGAGGUUUCAUAUAAUAGGGAUAAACUGCGAAUAAAAAUAACUUGAUUCUCAGGUAGAAAUGGUUCACGAAAAUUGAAAAACAUUUCGUACAUGUUGAAAAAAUUAACAAAAGAAAAAAAUUGAAAGUAGUACACCUGGGGUUUAGGGAAGAUGAGCUGCAUUUCCCGGCCGUUUCUGUUGCAAUUCUCAUCUUCCAUAAAUUCGGUAUGGUUGAUAUGUAUACCUGUGCAGGUAUAGAAUAUUUAGGGUCCUUUGUUAUACCCAAUACUAUCUUUGUCUAUCUAUCCACAUCUUGCGCAAGAGGUCCUUUGGAGUCGCCCGAUGUUCACACCGAUAGGGUCAUAGCUCUAUGUCGAUCAUUGUUUCCAGAAAUCACAGAGUUCCUGUUCAGACCUUUGCAAAGAUUGCCUUCUGUGUACAGUUCAUAUUUCUAUUCGUGUCGUUUACAAUUUGUUCACCUAAGUUUCAAUGGACGCGAUAGAUAAUUUUUUGCAGGUGUAUAAAUCGACAAGUUUAUGAAAAGAACUCGGCGAGGCGUUUCAAAAAGCUCUUGGUGGUGCGCUUGUGAAUAUGUUUGUAAAAGACCCCAAUACGGGUCAAAGAUAUUUGUUGUAAUACGAUAUCUUAGUGAGGAAUUUUGAAGUAAUAUACCCCCUUCAUAGGAUAAGUAAAAUGUAUGACUUUUUUCUACUUUGACAAUUUAUCGUUUUUUGAUUGUAUUGUGUAAUAUUCUUCGAGCGAAAGUUUUAAGCUAUAAAAGGCUUACUUUGUGUAUUCAUUACAUAUCAAUUGUCCCAGUAUACGUUCUAAUGAUGGUACAUUGCAUAUAAUUAGAUUCAUAGUUCAAUGUUUAUAGAAGUCCAUUUUUGAUAUAUAAAGUUAACUUUUUUUUAAAUAAAGAGUAUAUUUUACAGGCAC